CAACAUUCUCAAAUGACUCAUUGCAUUUCAUCAUUCUUCUGCCGAUACUAAAAAAAAAAUCAUGGAAAGUGUCAUUUGUGCUCGCAAAAAGGAAUUUUGGGGACAAGAACGUUUCAACGACAUCACUUUUAGCUUUCCGGAUGACAAUCGAGUGCUGCAAGCGAACAAAACGAUACUCGCAUUGUGUUCUCCGGUCUUCGAAGCGAUGUUUUUCGGCGAUUUAGCGGAACAACGAAACCCCAUUCCGAUUGUUGAUGUUGAUUCGACGUAUUUUGAAGCUUUUUUGAGGUAUAUUUACACGGAAGAAUUCCACGCCGAGUCCCUUGAUGACGCCCAAAAUCUUUUUUAUGUCGCACACAAGUACGAAGUCACCACAAUUGAAGCCGCUUGCGAACGUUACAUGAUCCAAAACUUGAAAAAAUUCGACAUCAACGAGUUAAUCGCCUUCGCUGACAUGUUUUCGAUGAAAAAUUUGAUUGAAUUGUGUCGUGUUUAUAUGAAUCAUCAUCCGAGAUCUGAUGUUCCAGCUUGUUGGGAGUUGUACAAAAAAGGAGAUCCCUUGCCAGUUGGAACAGUUUUUGCUGACGUUGAUCCCACAAAUAAUUGGCCAAUUGGCGUGGGGCGUUUCAAACUUCACGGAGAUAUAUUACCCGGCACGUUUUACAUCAAAGAUAUGUGCGUGAAAGCUGCUUAUGGGGGACAAGCUCAUACCGCCGAAGACGAAUUUGAGAUUUUGUGCAAUGGAAAUCUCGAUUGGGUGCCUGCAGGACAAGGUAAAGUCGUUGAAAAAGCUUUGCCGGGCGGCAGAUGCAAUUAUAACGAAGAACUUUUCAUCGGGAAAGUCGAGCGAGAGGGAAAAAAAUUUGUUGGAAAAAUUCAUCCGAGUCACGGAUGUUUGUACAUUCCGUAUUUGACGGCAGAAUUAAGAGUACCGGAUAAUUAUUUGAUGCUAACGGAUAAACACGAGAAAAACGAGAGACAAAAAAGGCCGUAUUACGAUUAUCAUCCGUAUGACGAUGACAACGACGACGACGAUGAUGACAAUGGCGAUGGAGAUGAUGAGCCUCGAGCCCAACCACGAAGAAUUCCUUUGGUGCAAAGAUUUUUCCCGAGUAACCUUUUUCGACCGUUAAACUUGUCGAAUUCAAGCAGCAGAAAUAAUUAA